UGUUAUUUGUCCCUGCAUCAUGGAGGCUCAGCCUGAUGCAUCAUGGGAGCUCAUCAACGGCGUGACAGAUACAAUAUAUGAGGGCUGAGAGGUCGUCAUGGAGACUGACAGCUACACCCCAGGCCCAGACACCACAGACUGGGCUGGGACGGUGGCCGGCCUGGAGGGAAUGGGAGUCCUUCAGGAGGAGGGAGGAGGGGGCCCGGCAUCCUGGUACAUGCCAUACUCACUGGGCUUCCAGGUGUCGCUCACCGCCUUCCUCAUGCUGGAGCUGGUGUUGGGUUUCAGCAGCAACCUGACGGUGCUGGUGCUCUACUGCUCUCAAUCCAAUUUAGUGGACUCGGUGAGCAAUAUGGUGACUGUCAAUCUGCAUGUGCUGGAUGUGGUGGUGUGUGUGCUGUGUUUGCCCCUCACUCUGGUGGUUGUGCUGCUGCCUCCAGGACCAAAUCUGGCCCUGCUCUGCUGCUUCCAUGAGGCCUGUGUCACCUUUGCCAGCAUAGCCACAGCCAUCAACAUCCUAGUUAUCAGCUUGGACCGAUAUGAUAUCUCCGUACGGCCUGCCAACAGACUGCUGACCACACGUAGAGCGUCGCUGCUCCUGGCUGCUGUUUGGGUCACCUCGGUGGCUGUGUUUUUUAUCCCAUUCUUGGAGGUGCAGUGGUUCAGUGGAGAAGGAGCAGAGGAGAGGGGGCAGGUGACACCCUUGUCCUCACGUGGUAACAGUGCCACAGUGGUGCCAGCAUGGCGUAACCGGACACUGCUCUGUGUUGGUGGACAGGGCUACCACACAGGCCUUGGUAUGUAUUACCAUCUUAUCCUCCAGGUACCCAUCUUCUUCACCACUGUGGCUGUCAUGCUAUUUACCUACUCCAGGAUACUGAGGGCUUUAAACAUCCGCAUUGGCUCCCACAUAAAGAAGAGCCAGCGGUUCAGGGGCCCCUCCUGCAGGGGGCGCCACAAGAAACAGAAAAAAAAGAAGGCAGGGGUCAGAAUAAAUGAUGGUGGGGAGGUAGGAGGGGAGCAAUGCACCACAGAUGGUACCAAACAGCUCAGCCACCCUCCUCUCAUCCCUUCCCCAACCCCGACCCCCACAGCUACCUCCCCCCCUGCCCUGUCCUCUUCCGCCCCACUCGUUACCUCUGACACGGGCGCUGCAACCCCCAUGCCCGCCACCAUGGGCGUCCAGGCCUCCGUAUCGGCCAUCAUUGCUCUGAGGCGGGCAGUGCGACGGCACAGGGAUCGACGAGAGCGACAGAGGCGGGUGUUCAGGAUGUCCCUCAUCAUUAUCACCACCUUCCUGGGCUGUUGGGCUCCCCUCUCUGUGACCAACAUGCUAAUCCUGGGCCUAGGCCCCAGCGACACCCUGGUCAGCCUACGCCUCUGGUUCUUAGCUCUGGCCUACGGUACCACCGUCUCCCACCCUCUGCUCUAUGCCUUCACUCGACAGAAGCUGCGCCGUGCCCUCCGGGCCAAGGUUAAGAAGAGGGUGGUGUCCCUGCUCCAGGUAGACCCUUCUCCGGGGGGCACUGUCAUACACAACUCCUGGGUGGAGAACAGAAAAACCAGCCGGCAGGUGCGGCUGGAAGCAAGCGAAGUUACUGACCGCUGCCUGGCAGAGGUCCUGUGAGACUGACACACGUGGGCCCUCCUAGUAUAAUUAAAAACAGGAAUACAGACACAGGUGUGUUCCAUUAUAAAACUCACUGGUGUGUGAAGCCGGUGUAAGAAAUGUGAAAAACAUAUUUCCUCCUCUGGGAGAUGUUUUAACGUAACCAUGCCAUUGCUAAACACAACUAAUGUUCACCUCAGGCAGCAGUGGGAGCAGGAUGCUGUCGUCACUGUGGUGUGCACAGCCUCUGCAGCUGAAGAAAAUCAUACAACAACAUACAAGUGUAUGUGAUUUUAACUCUGUUAAAUAGUGAUGUCUGUUUACAUAUGGAGUUGUAUGAUUAAGCGUUCUCAUAGUGGUGCUUACCUAACUGCUCUCAAGAAUGUGUUU